UGUUGAUUCUGCAUAGUCACUGAAUUCAAGGAUGUUGACAGGGAUAAACAGACCACAUCUUAUUGGCGUCAGCAAAGUCUUAGUUAUUUGUGGUCUGCUUCAUUUGGAAACUGUGCUCAGCUCAGCCCUGUUCGCAGGGUUAUAUGUUUACUGAAGGUAUAGGCUGUGUGGAUAUCGAUGAGUGUAAAUCAGCACCGUGUCAUCCGACUGCAACAUGUCGCAACUUCGUUGGGAACUUUGAGUGUAAAUGUGAUAAAGGGUUUACCACCGUUGCUGGGACAUUUGGCAUUUUAACAACUUGUGAAGAUAUCGAUGAGUGUAGAUCAUCACCGUGCGAACCAUCUGCAAUAUGUCGCAACUUGAAUGGGAGCUAUGAGUGUUACUGUGGUAGAGGGUUUACCCCCAUUCCUGGGAGCUCCGGCAUUACGACAACUUGUAAAGAUAUCGAUGAGUGUAAGUCGUCACCGUGUGAUCCAUUCGCGUUAUGCCGCAACUUGAAUGGGAGCUAUGAGUGUUACUGUGGUAAAGGGUUUACCCCCAAUCCUGGGAGCUCCGGCAAUGCAACAACUUGUAAAGAUGUGGACGAGUGUGAGGAUGAAGAUGUGUGUGGCAAGAAUGCAACCUGUGUUAACUCCCUUGGGAGUUAUCACUGUAUCUGUCGGACAGGAUUUGAUCCAGUUCCAGAACAGACAGGAAAGACCUGCACAGUGCAACCUCUCAACUGUCCCAACCCAGAAAAGCCAAACAAUUCUACACUCACACAGUGUGGUGGGAAGCAUUCACAAACUCUCAAACAGCCAAAUUCUGAGGACAAUGGGUCUUGUUCCGCAAUAGAAGCAGCUCACCGAUUACUUGAUAAAGUCUGUCAGAAUUUCAGCUCCACAGACGAUAUCCAGGCUGUCACAAACUUGACAAAUGGUCUCCUCAAUAGGAAUUCACGGCUGCAGAACAUGACGACCAGUCAGCGGUUAAAUGUCGUAGCAACCAUCUUGGAUCUUUUGGAGAAUACAGCAAUGGCUAUCGCUUUGACUUUGCCCAGAGGAGGAACAAAGUCAAUCUCAGCAGACUCUUUUGCUGCAAAGAUCCAGGUGUUUGGUAAUCAAAGUAUGCCAGACAAGUUGGUACAAAUCGAGAUCUGGAAUAACACCAUGGAGAUAAACUGGAGAACGAUCAUAGGAGCAAAGAACUCUGACUUUGCUGCAGUCUCCUUCUUUGUAUUCAGCGACAUGGAAUCCCUUUUGAACAGCGAGAUCCGUAAAGAUGGGGUCAAGCAAUUAGAGGCAACUGAAGGAACAAGUUGGUUAAACUCCAAAGUGGUAACAGCCAGAAUCAGUAACAAAGCAGCCAGUCAUGAACUGACAGAAAUGGUCAAUUUUACACUGAAACUCAACCAGGAUACCAAAGAUCACGAGAAGGCUGAAUGCGUUUAUUUGAAGAUAACAGACGGGGGAAGUUUCUGGUCCCCUGAGGGCUGCUUCCUGAUUGAUUCCAUUGGAAGCUCCGUAAUGUGCCAAUGUGACCAUCUGACGAGCUUUGCUAUUUUAAUGUCUCCGAUUGAGAUUGAGGAAGGCUGGUCCUUGCUGCUGAUCAGCACAGUCGGGCUCACAAUAUCCUUGCUGUGCCUCGCCGCCUCCAUCGUUGUGUUCACAAAGUGCCGCUCCAUCCAAAAGGCCAACAUCAUCGUGUACAAGCACCUGAGCAUCAACCUCUUCCUGGCACAGCUCAUCUUCCUGACAGGAAUCCAUGUGACAAACAAGGUGGUUUGUGCCCUGGUUGCAGGUUGCCUACAUUACUUCUUUCUAACUGUCUUUGCCUGGAUGUUCCUGGAUGCUUUGCAGAUCUUCAUUGUGUGCAGACACCUCACAGUCACAAAGUUCACUCACACAUACGUCAUCAGACGGAGAUACCUGUAUCCUUCUGGCUACGCUGUCUCUGCGCUGAUUGUCAUUAUAUCGGCAGCAAUCUAUCCCUACGGCUACGGAUCAGAAAAACACUGCUGGCUGAGCUUGGAGAGGGGCUUUCGAUGGAGUUUCCAAGGGCCAGUCUGUUUUGCAAUUGUGGUGAAUAUGGUGUUGUACGUCUGGACACUCUGCUUACUGAGACAUCAUUUGUCUUCACGUGACGUGAAUGUGUCAAAGAUUAAAGACACCACGACCCUGACCCUUAAGGCAGCUGCACGGUUGUUUGUCCUGGGAAUCACUUGGAUCUUUGGAAUAUUUCAUUUCAAUGAGAGCACCAACUUUCUCUCCUACCUAUUCACUAUCAUCAACACUCUCCAGGGCCUCUUUAUUUUCAUGGUCUACUGUGUUUCCAAUCGCCAGGUGAGGGAUGAGGUUCAGAAAUGGUUCGCCAAGUCAAGCACGUACUCAACCAGCAACACCUCGAAUGUUCAGAUGAGUUCUCUUGAGACUAAGACAACGUAACCCUCCUGAAGACUCGAGAGAAGACAGUGACAAGAUUGUCCGUGGUUUGUGUGUCUGUGUCUCUCUGUCUGUGAGUACAGCUUGCGCUAUGUCUAGAAAAUUGGAUUUGUGUUUUAUUGGCUUUUCCAGCUUUGCCAGACAGGUUGUUUUUUUCAUCACGCAAAUUGUUGCUUUUUCUUCAUUCUCUUAUGGGUUGUGCGCUUCACUGGUAAGGUCACACAUGGGCACAGUCAUACAGACAAGUGUAUACAUGCCUGAUAUUGACACAGAGGUAUACACCAUGUCAUACAUAUUGCAAAUCACAUGCAGAGCCUAGCAGAAACAUAGAUUUAACAAAUACACACAAAACACCCAUAUAUACACAUUGAAGGCAUUGAGAAUCAUGCUCAUGUUCCCACCCUACCCUGGGUGUUUCGGCGCUAGUGGCAACCCCUUUGGUCUUCUGACUUGCUUGCUUUAGCUCCAGUGUCUCUUUACAUGCUGAAUGACAAUAUGGUGUAUUAGAGAUACUAGCCUCACACCCUGCAUUUUGGAUUUGUUAUAUGCCAAACAUAUUUUUAGAAAAUUCAUGGCUGAAGUGGAAGUAUUGAUUGACAGGAAUUAAAAUUACAGUACAAUUAUGUUUGGACAGAACAUGUUCUUGAAAUUUUAUGGUCUGUUUUGUAGUUAAUUACAAUUCUUAACCAGUUGCACCUUAAUAGAACAAAGUUUUUUUAGCUGUUAUUACUCCGAGAGGGACAUUAAGUAAUAUUUAUGGCCAAAUGUGAUUUCAUUUUAUACUACAUGUAGAGGCCUGACUACAAUGGAGAUAGAACAUAGAACAUUACAGUGCAGUACAGGCCCUUCAGCCCUCGAUGUUGUGCCGACCUGUGGCAGUGUUGGUGUAAAAUAGUUUCUGUUUGCUGUCACACCUAGUGACGUGUUUAAAUAGACUCAGUUGUUAGACCCAAACUGCAUUGAAUUCACUGCCUUACUCAGUCAUGUCAGUUCACAGUCUUUCUUGUCUUUUGCUCUGAAGAUGGAUUGGGAUUGACAAUGACGGCAAAUUAAAGGAACCCAAGUGAGACACAACCGAAGUUACUGUAUAGUUCAGCAUGUUUGGAGGCAGCGUGAGAAUUCAGUGCAGAUGGGAAGAGUUGCUUUUUACUUGACUUUUUUGGCUCCUAGUUUGUAGAGUUUUUUUUCAAACUGAACAUAAAUCAAAUUAAGAACUGAGUGUUACAGACCAGGCCAAACCUCCUCAAACUAUUUUCAGAAGAUAGUCGAGAUCUUAACUUUUUUCUUUUUUAAACAAGUGUAAGGUGUUGCAUUCCAGAUGCAAUUCAAUUGGUCAGACUAUUUGAUGUUAAGUAAAACACACUUUAUUCAUAAACUAUGUUAAAAUACAAGUCCCACCUAUUCUGUUUGUAUUCUGGAAGCAGAAACCCCAGCUUUUAUCUGUAACUGAGAAAGGAAAAAGAAAACAGCUUCCACACACAGCUUCAAAAUCUGAGCAACCGCUGGUAUGGACACAGUAAAACUAAAACAUCCUGGUUCUGUGGGAGAUGGCCCUGAGAGUCUGAUUCUUUGAUACAGGCUAGGCUAGGAUAUGGAGGCUCAUGUCCCACACAUUCAAGCUGCUUCUGUUGUUCCUACUUUGAAAAAAAAAUGAAGCCUCACAGCUAUGGGUUUUCGAUGUUCACCACCGCAGACUUAAAAUUACUCUUCAAAAUAAAACCCAGGACAAAAUACACCGUGUAAAGCCAUAGUAUUGUCACACCUCCCCCCUUAAAAAAAUCAUCAGCAUACAAAGUUGACUUCACUUUUAAAACCAAGUACUACGCUAUUAGUACACAAUACAUUUACAUUAUAUUGGCUGUCAGCAUGCAAACAUUCCCUUCAAAUUUCCACUUCAGUAUGUUUAUUCCUGCCAGUGAACAGGUGGAUAAGGGUAAAGCGGUUGAUGUGGUAUAUAUGGAUUUCAGUAAAGUGUUUGAUAAGGUUCCCCACGGUAGGCAAUUGCAGAAAAUACGGAGGCAUGGGAUUGAGGGUGAUUUAGCGGUUUGGAUCAGAAAUUGGCCAGCUGUAAGAAGACAGAGGGUGGUGGUUGAUGGGAAAUGUUCAUCCUGGAGUUCAGUUACUAGUGGUGUACCACAAGGAUCUGUUUUGGGGCCACUGCUGUUUGUCAUUUUUAUAAGUGACCUGGAUGAGGGCGUAGAAGGAUGGGUUAGUAAAUUUACAGAUGACGCUAAAGUGCAGAAGGAUGUUACAGGUUAUAGGACAUAGAUAAGCUGCAGAGCUGGGCUCAGAGGUGGCAAAUGAAAUGUAAUGCGGAAAAGUGUGAGGUGAUUCUCUUUGGAAGGAGUAACAGAAAUACAGAGUACCGGGCUAAUUGUAAGAUUCUUGGUAGUGUGGAUAAGCAGAGAGAUCUUAGUGUUCAUGUGCGUAGAUCCCUGAAAGUUGCCACCCAGGUUGAUAGGGUUGACCCUUAGGCUUUAUUGGUAAUAGGAUUGAGUUUCGAGGCCAUGAGGUCAUGUUGCAGCUGUACACAACUCUGGUGCGGCCGCACUUGGAGUAUUGCAUACAGGUCUGGUCGCCGCAUUAUAAGAAGGAUGUGGAAGCAUUGGAAAGGGUGCAGAGGAGAUUUACGAGGAUGUUGCCUGGUAUGGAGGGAAAGUCUUAUGACGAAAGGCUGAGGAACUUGAGGCUGAUUUUGUUACAGAGAAGAAAGUUAAGAGGCGGCUUAAUAGAGACAUACAAGAUGAUCAGAGGAUUGGAUCGGGUGGACAGUGAGAGACUUUUUCCUCGGAUGGUGAUGGCUAGCAUGAGGGGACAUAGCUUUAAAUUGGGGUGAUAGAUAAUGGACAGAUGUCAGAGGUAGGUUCUUUACUCAGAGUAAGGGCAUGGAAUGCCCUGCCUGCAACAGUAGUAGACUUGCCAACUUUAAGGGCAUUUAGGUGGUCAUUGGAUAAACAUAUGGAUGAUAAUGGAAUAGUGUAGAUUAGAUGGGCUUCAGAUUGA